UUACUAGAGUUUCCUUGUUGACAAACAUGUGACAUACCAAAUGUGGUUAGACUAAUGGAAUGCUGCUUUGGCCCAGUUUCAUUCUUCUUUAGGUGGCCUCUUGGACUCAUUAUCAUGAUAUUCUGCAUUUGGAUUUUGACCACUCUGAGUUGGAUUCUGACUGGGGUUAAUUUCUUCUUUCACAAUUUUGCAGAAGACACUUGCAAGGCAUUGGAAGAUUUUCAGCAGAGUCCUCAAAACAGUAGCCUGCAAUCUGCAGUUCCUUGUGCCAAGCCCACAACUUCCAACACAUUGUUGGUCCAAAUUGGUUACACUGUCCACAACUACAUGUCUCAGAUUAACUCCAAACUUGCUGACCUCACAGCGGUGGUGUCAACCGAAACCCAACGCGAUUCGCGAGCUUGGGAAAUCUGUAACCCCUUUGCUGGUGCACCUAAUUACACCUUCGUCCCUGAUCAAUGCCCCCAGAAUUCCAUACCCGUUGGAAACUUGCCAAAUAUCCUCUCGCGGUUCACGUGCUACAAAUCGUCGCGAAAUUGUGAGAGGGAGGGGAAAUUUCUCCCUGAGGCGAUAUAUGACCAAUGCAAGGCAUACAGUGAGUCUCUGCAAGACCUGAUAGACAUAUUCCCAGAUUUGGUGAGCCUGAUUCAGUGCUCCCAGGUAAAACAAGCAUUCUCAGACAUUGUUCGGUUCCAAUGCAAGCCGUUCCGAAAAGCUGCACUGCAACUAUGGUCUUCCAUGUUGUCUCUCUCCAUUUGUUUAGUCUUCCUGACAUUGUUGUGGUCUGCAAAAGCUUAUCAGGACAAGGGGAAGUCUUUCUCUCCGUGCUCUAUCGUCCCGGAACGCGUUUAAGGAUUCUUUCAUUUGUUCUGUUCAUAGGUUGUUUAAUUAGAUCAUCUUUUUUUCCCUGGCCUGGAGUUCAAGAAAUGCUCCUGUAGGCUAGAUUCAUGGUUAAGUUACAACUUAGCUUAGGUUAUACAUAUAUAGUUGCAGAAGAAUCUGAGAAUGUGUGUAUAUGCAUAUAUACUUUGAUUUGAAUAUGGCAGUGUUGAAGAAUUCAACUUGCUGUUUGUCAAGUAAAUAAAACUUUGUGUACCUA